AUGGGCCGCGAACUCCAGAAAAAGAAGAAGAGGUCUUCGAUCCCAAAGAUCAAGAUGAAGCCGAAAAGCAAGCGCGUCAACCCCCUCGGCAACCCCAUCAUCGCUGCGAACUGGAACCAAGCCGAGACCCUCACCCAGAACUACCGCCGCCUCGGCCUGACCUCGCGCCUCAACUCCGCCACCGGCGGCAUCGAGAAGCUGCGCCCAGGCGAAGUCUCCCAGUCCUCCACCGCGUCCCGGCUCGCCAUAUCCAACGUCGUGCCGAAGCAAAUCGCGCCGUCGGAAGCGCGCGUCGAGCGGGACCCUGAGACUGGGAAGAUCCUCCGUGUGAUUCACGAGGGACAGGCGCCGAACCCGCUGCAUGACCCGUUGAACGCCAUUGAGGAUGCGGCGGCGAUGGAGGCCGACGACGGGGGCGUGUUUGAGGGGUUUGGCGGGGAGGGGGGAAAGAAGGAGAAGAAUGAGAUUGUGCGGAGGCUGGAGGAGCAGGCGGCUAUGGUGGGGGAGAAGAGGGAGCGCGGCCAGAGUGAGAGGGAGAGGGAGUGGAUUGAGAGGCUGGUCAAGGCGUAUGGGGAGGACUUUCAGAAGAUGGCGCGGGAUCGCAAGUUGAAUCCGAUGCAGCAAACGCCGAAUGAUCUGCGGCGGAGGAUCGGGAAGUGGAAGGCGAAGUAUGGGGAUGCGAUGGAGGUUUGA